CACACACGUGCUCUGUGUUCCAGCACACACCUGCUCUGUGUUCCAGCAGGCUCCUGCUCUGUGCUCCAGGUGCCCUCUGUGUUCCAGCACACACCUGCUCUGUGUUCCAGCAGGCUCCUGCUCUGUGCUCCAGGUGCCGCGCCGGGAUGUCUCUGGAGAUCACCUUCCUGGGCACGGGCUCGGCGUUCCCGUCGCCGUCCCGCGGCGCCUCGGCGCUGGUGCUGCGCCGGGAAGGGCAGUGCUGGCUCUUCGACUGCGGCGAGGGCACGCAGACGCAGCUCAUGAGGAGCCACCUGCGAGCAGCCAGAAUUACCAAGAUUUUCAUCACUCACCUGCACGGCGACCACAUGUUUGGACUUCCUGGGCUGCUGUGCACGCUCAGCCUGCAGAGCAGCCCUGAUGGCAGCAGAGCACCCGUUGAUAUUUACGGGCCCCUGGGUCUGCGGAGCUUCCUCUGGAGGAGCCUGGAGCUGUCCCACUCCCAGCUCCUCUUCCCCUGCGCCGUCCACGAGCUGGUCCCCACGCGGGACCAGUGCCCCGCAGAAGAAUUCAGGGACUUCUCUGGCUUGGACCGAGGCGAGGCGCUCGCCCAGGCACCUCCAGGGAGAGUUCUGCACCUGGAUCCGGGAGAAGACUCCUACUUGCUGCUGGAGGACGAGCAGCUGGCUGUGAGGGCGUUCCGCCUCUUCCACCGCGUGCCCUCCUUCGGCUUCGUGCUGGAAGAGAAGCCCCGGCCCGGGAAGCUCGAUGUGCGGAGACUGGAGGAGCUCGGAGUCCCUCCAGGCCCCUUGUACGGGAAGCUGAAGAGCGGCAGCGCCGUCGUCCUGGAGAGCGGCGUGACGGUGCGUCCCGGGGACGUGCUGGGAGCGCCCGUUCCCGGCAGGAAGCUCUGCAUCCUGGGCGACUGCUCGGGGCCCGUGGGGCCGGCGGCCGAGCGGCUGUGCCGGGGCGCAGACCUGCUGGUGCACGAGGCCACGCUGGGGGACGAGCAGCGGGACACGGCGCUGCAGCGCGGGCACAGCACCCCCGGCGCGGCCGCGCGCUUCGCCCUGCGCUGCGGCGCCGCCAGGCUGGUGCUGACCCACUUCAGCCAGCGGUACCGGCCCGACGGCCACGGCCGCGACGAGCUCGGCAGCCUCCAGAGGCAGGCAGAGGCCGUGAUGGGCGGCCAGGAGGUGACGCUGGCCGAGGACUUCAUGACCAUCGAGAUCCCAGUGAAAAAGUGAAAAGCGAGGGCGUGGUGACCGCAGAGGCCCCAGCGGAGCGGUGAGAACCGAGGGCUUCAUCGUGAGAUCCCCGUGAAAAACGAGGACUUUGUGACCACAGAGAUCCCAGUGACGCAGUGAAAAACAAGGACUUCAUAAUGAGAUCCCAGUGAAACAGUGAAAACUCAGGAUUUGUGUCCAUAGAGAUCCCAAUGAAACAGUGAAAAACAAGGACUUCAUAACAAGAUCCCAGUGACACAGUGAAAAACAAGGACUUCAUUAUGAGAUCCCAAUGAAACAGUGAAAAACAAGGACUUUGUGACCACAGAGAUCCCAAUAAAACAGUGAAAAAUGAGGACUUUGUGACCAUACAGAUCCCAGUGAAACAGUGGAAAACAAGGAUUUUGUGACCAUAUAGAUCCCAAUGAAUCAGUGAAAACUCAGGACUUCGUAACAAGAUCCCAGUGAAACAGUGAAAAACAAGCACUUGGUAACAAGAUCCCAGUUAGACAGUGAAAAACGAGGACUUUGUCACCACAGAGAUCCCAGUUAAACAGUGGAAGCGCAGGAUUUGUGGCCACAGGGAUCCCAGUUAAACAGUGGAAGCUUGGGAUCUGUGGCCACAGGGAUCCCAAUGAAGCAGUGGAAUCUCGGGAUCUGUGGCCACAGGGAUCCCAAUGAAGCAGUGGAAGCCCGGAAUUUGUGGCCACAGGGAUCCCAAAGAAGCAGUGGAAGCUCGGGAUCUGUGGCCACAGGGAUCCCAAUGAAGCAGUGGAAUCUCGGGAUCUGUGGCCACAGGGAUCCCAGUGAAGCAGUGGAAUCUCGGGAUCUGUGGCCACAGGGAUCCCAGUGAAGCA